GUAUCAAAACAACACCAGUCGGGUCGGGAUCAACAGUCUAAGCAGAAGUCAUGUGGUUUAAUAACUAAAUAUUGAAUAGUUUUUUUUUAGCAAGAAACGUAUUGGACGUACUUUUUGGAAACAUUAGUUUUAAAACAUCUCACUUAAAUGUAUUUGUAAAAAGGAAAUCGCGGGUGAAGUCAGCUGGAGUGGAGUUUGAUUGACAGCUCUCAGUAAGCUCCUCCCCCGCAGCGCUUAAAUGACAGGCGCUUUCUCGUGAGCUCGUGGCUGACAGUGUCCGUGUCAAGAGUGAUGCUGUAGAAGAGCUCAAUUUCCAUCAGCUCUUAUUUAUUAUACCUACAUCAACAAUGAAGACCAUACUCGCUGCAUACUCCGGUGUCAAAAAAGGCACCGGGUCCAGCAUCCUCUCUGCCUUACAUGACCUGCCCUCUGUUCCCUGGCUGACCCGAUCCAAGAUCGUGAAAUAUCUACAGCUGAUCUCCGUUCUACAUUUUGUCACCACAUUUCUUGCAAUGGGCAUUGUCUGCUCUUUGUUGCUGGUGUAUCUGUUUUGCACAGACUGCUGGGUACUUGCCGCUAUGUACACUGCCUGGCUCAUAUAUGACUGGAAUACCCCUAAACAAGGAGGCCGCAGAUCUACAUGGAUGAGAAAUUGGACUCUGUGGAAAUACUUCAGAGAUUAUUUUCCAAUAAGACUCAUAAAGACCCAUAACCUGCUUCCUAGCCGAAACUACAUUCUUGGCUACCACCCUCAUGGCAUCUUCUGUUUUGGUGCUUUUUGUAACUUUGGCACAGAGGCGACGGGAUUCUCCAAGAAAUUCCCUGGAAUCAAGCCAUCAUUGGCCACACUGGAUGGAAACUUUCGUUUGCCAUUGUUUAGGGAUUACCUAAUGUCUGGAGGUAUCUGUCCAGUUAAUCGAAACUCCAUUGACUUCCUGCUGUCCAGUAACGGUACAGGCAACGCUGUGGUCAUUGUGAUCGGUGGAGCUGCCGAAUCUCUGGACUGUGCCCCAGGAAUGAACUCUGUCACGCUGAAAAACCGCAAAGGCUUUGUCAGACUGGCUCUUAAUCAAGGUGCUGACCUGGUCCCUGUCUACUCAUUUGGUGAGAAUGAAGUUUAUACGCAGCUGAUUUUUGAGGAUGGCUCCUGGUGGCGUGUGGCUCAAAAGAAGCUUCAGAAGAUUUUAGGAUUUGCCCCAUGUCUGUUCCAUGGCUGUGGACUCUUCUUUCCAAAAUCAUGGGGACUUGUGCCUUAUUGCAAACCCAUUACUACUGUUGUUGGUGAACCCAUAACAGUUCCAAAAAUUGAAAACCCAAGCCAGGAUGUGAUAGAUAUGUACCAUGCCAUGUACAUCAGGUCCCUCAAGUCUCUCUUUGACAACAACAAGACUCGAUUUGGCCUAAAUGAGAGCGACACCCUAGUUAUUCACUGAAAGACAUUAAGGAAUAACAUUAUAACAGAAAAAUUACAUUGGCAGCUGGAAGAUCCCAACGAAGUGCCUGUUUGAGAAAACCAAAAUGCUGUUUCCAUAGAGAAGCAAUUGAUGUAAUCCAGGAGAACAUUUCCUUAUAUUUAUGCACUGGCAGAUGCUUUUAUCCAAACAACUUUUAUAUUUUAUCUGCAUUUGGAUUUUUUGGGAAUUAAACCUUGGCCCCGUGCCGUACCAGGUGAGCUACAGGAAAGUUUCCAUAAAAGUGGAAUGUUGGGGAGUCCCGGAUCAUUUCAAUCGCAGUUGAUGUAACCUGACAAUGGUUCUAAAGCUUUACUUUAAAGGAUCUCUCUAAAGACAUAUUCAAAACUGUACUUAAAAGGUAUUGGAAUGUACUGUACUGCAUGGGAUGCAGUAAAUCUAGUCUGUGUCACUGCUGCUCAUCGCCUCUAGUUGGCGUCCCUGUGCUGUCAAGUAUGAUCUGUAGACUGACCGUUCUAUCAGACGCACGUGCUUUGCCACGGUUACGCUGUGGACCGAAGUUAUUUUCUGGCUUUUGCUGGUUAAUUGGUCUGGCUAGUGGCUAAACCAAACUCUGAUACAAAUAUCUUAUCGAAAAUAAAAAUGUUCGGUUUCAUAAAGACGAGGGGAGACGGCGAGCAUGUAUCACUGUUGUGCAAAGAGAGGUUUGACAGCCAGGGAACAACAUUUAACACAGUAACGUAUCACAGUGUAGUAGUUGAUACGCUUUAGCUAUGAAUUGAACUGAAUUGAAGGUAAUUUACUUGUUAUUACUGUAUUUUGCUUUUUAUCAGAAAAAAAUCUACUUUAGAGGGACCUGUUUUCGAUUCUUUGCGGAAGUCUACUGGAAGUUAAGUAAACGUAGGGUCACAAAGGCCGUUUGAUUGGCUGUUUGCUCAAAUGGAAGGCUGCAGCCUCCGGAGGUUGCAUAUGCAGGCUGCAUACGUCAUCAAGCCUGGUUUAUUUCAGUUAACUGAGCAUUACAGUCAUAAAUCAUGAGCAUAUAACAUCAAUUUACGAUUACAUAAAAAUAAUAGUCAACUUUAUAAAUUGUUAAUAUACUGAAAUAAGACGUCUUUAUGAUGUAUGCUGCCUACAAAUGCGACCUCCGGAGGGGGCAGCCUUCCAUUUAAGAAACGGCCAUUAUGUUGUUGCUACUGAAAUUUCUAUAAGCUAUGGAUUAUAUUGUUUGAUAUAUAACAAUAAAUUCAGAUUGAGGAUAUUUAAGCUUUAAUUCCAAAUGCAGUGUUAGAUAAAAGGUUUUAUGUCAUAUCAGAUGUUUUAAUGCACAAGCAAUGCAACUAUGUCUCAUCAUAAAAGAUAGAUUUGGUAGAAACUUACUAAAUGGCAAGAACACUGAAAAAAAUGAUUCAUUGAAUUUAAUCAAUUUUUUAAAGGUAAGUGGUUGCAAUCAAUUUAUUUAAGCUACAUUUAAACAAAAGUUUUAUAUUUUAUUUUACGUUACUAAUCUUUUUUGUUUAAAUGUAGCUUAAAUAAAUUGAUUGCAACCACUUACCUAAAAAAUUGACUAAAUUCAAUGAAUCAAUUUUUUCAGUGAAUGAAUUAAAUUGUUGAAAUAUGUUAAAAAUAAAUAUGGUUUUGAAAGACUUUGGAUUAUGCACUGUCAGGAAAAAUGGUCAAACAUAGUCCUGUUUAAAAGGUUUCCAAUAGAAACAAUUUAGGUACAGCUAAGUAUACAUUUGGAUUACCUUCCGAGGUGCAAAGGUGUAGUUUUUAAAAGGGUACCAACCAUAUUUUUUCUGACAGUGCAGAAUUAUAAAUUUUAACUUAUGUCCUUGUCAAAUGCUUUAUAAUGUUAAGUGAGUUUAUAGAUCUUGAAGAAUACAAUUUUAAAGAGAUAAGUGGUUGCAAUCAAUUUAUUUAAGCUACAUUUAAACAAAAAAGAUUAGUAAAGUAAAAUAAAAUAUAAAACUUUUGUUUAAAUGUAGCAUAAAUAAAUUGAUUGAAACCACUUACCUUAAUUUUUUUUACAUUAAAUUCAAUGAAUCAUUUUUUUUCAGUGAAGGUGAGGAUGAUGACAAUGAAGAAGCUUGUAAAUAUUGGUUAUAGACUACUGACAAAUCCUUAUAUUAUUUUCCUGAUGUCAUUUCCAUAAAACUAUUCAAAUUUUACCAGAGAAGUAUUCAAUUAUUUAUAAAUUGCACAUACAUGCUUUGUUAGGCUCAAGUAAAUAACUGAUAUACUAUUGAGAUCACACCUAAAUCUCUCACAUCACUGAAUGGUGUUACUGUGAUUACAUGUCUUCUUGUAAUUUCGAUUUUAUUAUUUUAUUUCACAAUCCUGAAUUGUUUCCACAUCUGUGCCUUUAAAGCAAAUGCUGGAAAGACCUCAGACGUGUCUGCACGCCAGAUCAAACAAGGGUUGUUUGCUAAAUAACAAAUGACCUAAAUUCAUAGUAAAUUAAGUGAAUUCAAGUGCCAAUAUGUAUGUAUGUAUGCUAUGCAAUUACAUUUUGAAAUAUCACACUAAUAACCUCAUAUUUAUCCAACAUAUUAAAGUUAAAAAUGCUGACUGUGUAUUUAAAUGGUUCAGGAGACCUGCAGCUCUUGAUUGGUGGAAAAUAAGUAACUGCAUGCAAAAAACAAAAACAUCACAAAUGUGACUUAUUGCUUUGUACAUUGAGCAUUUGUGUUGCAAUGCAUGUCCAAGUGUGUAUAUUUGAUGUCAAUAAAAUGUAUACCACCUAAUUCUUUAAAUUACAAUUUUUUAUUUAGAAUAAAUGUUUGUUCAAUACUACAUGUUGUAUUGUUUUGUACUACAUAACUGACCUUGAUUUAUGCAUUAUGUAAACAUGUUCAAAUUCCUGUC